AUGGGAGGGUUCGUUAUGGGACAAAAUAACGGACAAGGAGGCGACAGCGACCAGACACAAAGACAUUUAAGGCAGAAGAGAAGCUGGCGCGCUGUGGGAGACUACCCAAAGGGACAGUUCGGGGAACGAGCCACGAGGAUUGCACUGCAAAUGCCCGGGACUAGAGUACUAGGGUGGGGAGGGCAGAGAAGCGAAGGCGGGAGGAGAUAUGAUUUGAGCAAGAGAACUGAAGCAGGCAGAGGGCGUGGCGGUUGGGCGGAAGAACUAAGAUGGGGGAAGAUGAUGAUGGCUGGUGGUUGGCGGCGGUCAAGUCUUCACGAUCUAGAUUUAGAUUCCCCAGGCCACCCUGCUGAUGAUCGAGACUAG